UCUCGAUUCGUCCACUCUCGCCCCACCGCUCUCAGGAAGCCCUCAUCAGCUGAGCGACUCCGACCUCUUUCAAAAGAGGGAGGCAGGUCUUUCCUCGCGCGGCGAAUGUGCAGUCGGCUUCUUCCACUGUACUGCUGGCGUGAGGACUGAGACAUUAGUGGUGGAGGACCUGCAGUGAAGAUGUCGUCAGUUCCCGUCGUACCUGAGCUCCACACUCAUGUUCUGGCCGAGUUCGACUGCCUGGAUCCACUUCUCUCAACUCUCCGCUUAGACUCUGGCAGGCUCAAGUGCACCAGUUUGGCCGUGUCCAGGAAGUGGCUGGCAUUAGGAACAUCAGCCGGUGGCCUGCACCUGAUUCAGAGAGAAGGAUGGAAACAAAGACUCAUUCUCACUCACAAGGAGGGAUCCAUCACUCAAGUGGCCUGCUGCCCGCAUGAUGAAGAUUUCAUAGCUGUUGCAACAAGUCUUGGGCUGGUGGUGAUCUGGGAGCUGCAUUUGGAGCGACGAGGACGUCCAGAGCGAGUGAGUGUGUCCUGGGAGCACCGAGGUCAGGCCAUCACUGCCAUCUGUUGGGACACAAGUUCGCUCAGGGUGUUCGUCGGGGACUCAGGAGGCAAAGUGUCAUGUCUUCGUGGUGGAUCCUCCAAGCUUGGAAAGGGAUCGGCAUUUGUCAUAUUCCCUGUGCAGACGGUUGCCACUGUGGACUCUAAAGUGGUUCAGCUCGGGUAUCAGGAGGGACGGCUGCUUGUGUCUUCUCUUAGUAGAGUCUAUCUUUGUGACACUGAGAAAGAGAAGUUCUGGCGUGUGGGAUAUAAGGAGCGUGAUGGCGAGUUUGGGGCUUGUUUCUUCCCUCAAAACAAAGGAUUACUGGCUGGCCAACCUCCUCUGCUCUACUGUGCAAGACCAGGGUCUCGAAUAUGGGAAGCCAGUUUCAACGGCGACGUUCUGAGUACACACCAGUUCAAACAGCUGCUUGCAUGUCCUCCCUUACCGCUCAUCACCUUCAGAAAUGAGCCGCACAUUGAUCAAGAUCCCAGAGGACCCCAGUCUGUGGCUUUCCCCAAACUGCUGUACUUUGGUGACCAAAAUCUGCUGACGUGGACGGAUUCAGCCAUCUAUAUCUUCACGCCUCACAACGGUCAAGUUCUUCUGUGGACUGAAGUCAAAGAUUUGCUCGACAUAGCCGUCUACCGCAGCGAGCUCUUCUGUCUGCAUGGCAGUGGCCGUCUGUCCCACCUCUCCUUCUUGUCUGCGGAGCGUUGUGUCGAGCGUCUGCUGCGUCGGGAGUCCUGGCACCUGGCUGCUACCGUCUGCUGCAUGUUCCAGCACACCAUCAUCGCCAGCAGGGCCAGAAAGUGCACUCCGAUCGACCGCCUGGAGUAUCUCAAGUCCCAGCUUGGCUCCAGUGCGAAUCAUGAGCUGAUAGGUCAGCUGGAGGACGUGAUUGCUAAACUGGAGCCUCUGGACUCUGCAUCCAGCAGUCGCAGAAGCAGCAUCUCCUCUCAUGAUAGCUUCAAUGUUCUGGACUGUGGGAUCUACCGCGUCAUCAGUCGAAGAGGAAGCCAGUCUGACGAAGACACCGGCUCCUUCAUCAAUCAUUCCAUGUCGGAGGAGGAGCGGCUGAAAGAUUUCAGCUUCACGCAAGAGGAUGACCAAGCGGAUCAUGAGCUGCAUAACCAUGACCGUAUGGAGGGUGUGCGGUCAGAUCAAGGCCUGCCGUUCCAUCUCCCCCUCACAUUCCGGGCCAAGCCGCCCCGCAUCGCGCUGCAGGCCGUCAAAGACAGUGUUUCUAGUUUUGUUAAAAAGACAACGGAGAAGAUCAACACACUCCAGAUGAACACUGACCACCGACAGAGGCCAGAGUACCGGGAGGGUGCACCGGGCGACGUGUCAGUAGCAGCUGCCAUGUCCUCAGAGGAGCUAGCAAAUGAAGUCUACGAUGAGAUGUCCAGCUCGCAGGCUGAACUGCUGGAGCUCCGGGCCGCCACAGAGAGAGCUGUUCGCCAGACUCUAGAUCCCAUGAUUCUUCUGGAUCCAGUCUGUUUGAAAGAUGCUCUCCUCCAGUGGUUGCUGGUCUUGGAGCGAGUUCUUGGUCAACCAGAGGGUGUUUUGUCUGCCUCGGGUUCCUCUGACGCAGAAGAGCCGACCUGCGACCAGUGUUCUUUUGAAGAGCCUGUCCCAGAGGAGGCUGACAGCUCACCACCCAAGUGUGAGGACGAUCGGACAGGAGACGUCAGCAGCACACAACUCAGUCCUCCAGAACCCAUUCGAGUGGUGUCCCCGACACCACUACCGUCGGACCUCCAGGCUGACCUGACUCAGCUGGCUACGCUCUACACAGAGCUAAGCGCCUUCAGCAGCCUGCCAGAGAGUCCUGCGCUGAGCUGCACCACCUUUCUCCGACGUUACUUCUUUCUGCUGGACCAGGAACGCACCGGGCGCAUGUGUCUGCUCUGUUCCCAGCAGGAGGUGAAGAGCUCCUUCAUCGAGGCCAUGUUGGAUGCAACUCAGUCCAGUAAAGUGGUGGAGGUGAUCCAGAAAGGAGACCUACAGAGAUCGCUGCGUUUUUUGAGGGAACUGCAGCCCUGGAGCUCCCCGCCUCUCCUGGCACACCUGCACAGGCUGUACGAGAAGCACGGCGAGGCUGCUGUGCGCUCCAUUUCUCAGUUCUACCCCACCAUAACCCCUGCAGACGUGAUGUUCAUGGCGCACAGCAGCCACUUCCUGGCUUAUCUGGAUAACCUGGUGCAGACUCAAGCUGAGGAACACAGGGUGUCUUUUCUGCAGUCUCUCAUGGAGCCACAGUCGCUGCAGCAUGACUGGAUGGAGCUGGCCCUGAGCCAUGAUGCCCCGCAGCACUGUGACACUCUCACCCCAGAUGGAGAGCCCAGGUGGCACUCCCAUCGCUUCAGUUGGGGAUAUGGACGCCUCCUUUCUCUGCUGAUUCGACUUCCUACCGACUUGACCUCCAAGCAGAAAAUGGCCGAAGCCUGUCGACGUCAUGGUUACUGGUCGGGUUACCUCACACUCUGUCGGCAACUGCAGCUGCGCUCCCAAGCUUUCUCAACCAUCUGUCAGCUGGACGAUAUCGCUCUGCUGGAGGAACCUGAAGGCAUGAAGCCAGAGACUCUGGAGGAAUGGAAGCUCCUGGUCCAGUUGUCUCAGCGGGGCAGCAGCGGGUCGCAAGAGACCGGCGGGAUGAAUGGCAGCACUCUGUUGAAUGGCUCCACUGACUGCGGAGGGAGAAUAAACCCAGAGAAUUUGACGUUGAUGCUGGCUCGAACCGCUGGCCCUGAUCGAGCCCUGGAGGUGCUGGAAGAGUGUGGGGUCCAGUUGGUUCUCUCACCUCAUUCCAAGCUUGUGUGCCAGCUGCUGAGAGUGGCUGAGAAGAGGCAGCGGGCAACAAUCCAGACCAUGUUGGAACGCUGCGACCGCUUCCUGUGGUCUCAACACGCCUGAACCAAGACCAGCUGCAGAGAGCUCCGGAAAUAAUUUAUUGAUAACUGACUGAAAAUAUUGUUAAACUGCUUGGUAUUUGUACAAAUCUAUCAGUAUUAUACACUCAACAGAGUUUUAACCUGGGACAUGUAAAUAAAAGAUAUU